AUGAGUCGAGAAAAGGAGGAGGAGGAGGGAAUGAGAACGAAUCCAAAAGGGUAUUUGGAGAUGAAGGAAGAAGAUGAGAUCAGUGAGCCUGGGGAGCUGCCUGUCCCUCUGGCAACCGCUAUGCCCCCACCAGUGCCCCACAAUAGGGGCACCCGGUUUUCUGAGGCGUGGGAAUAUUUCCACUUGGCUCCACCACGAGCUGGGCACCACCCCAACCAAUAUGCUACCUGUCGCUUGUGUGGUAGACAGGUGAGCCGUGGCCCUGGGGUUAAUGUGGGCACCACGGCCCUGUGGAAGCAUCUGAAGAGCAUGCACAAAGAGGAGCUGGAGAAGAGUGGGCAUGGUCAGGCAGGGCAGCGCCAGGACCCAAGGCCUCAAGGCUCACAGCUCCCCAUGGGCAUUGAUGGAGACUGGGCCAGGCUCCUGGAGCAGGUAGGAGGGCUGGCUUUAUGGGCCAGCCAAAGGGAAAAGGAGAUACUUAGGAGGGAGAAGGCAGUGGAAUGGCGGGAGAAAGCAGUAGAAAGGCGGGAACGAGCUGUGGAGGAAGUGGAAAGGGCCAUCAUGGAGAUGAAGUGGAAGGUGAGGGCUGAGAAGGAGGCAUGGCAGAGGGAGAAAGACCUGCCUGUGGCAUCUCACCCUUUUCAUUUUGUUUAA